AUGCGGAGCUCUCUGCGCGUGGGAAGGAGUAGCGCCCAGCUGUACCAGACCCGGAAUAUUGCUGAAGCAGAUUUGAUUUAUGAAUGGACUCCCUGGUUAAGCAGCAGUAGUCCUCGGGACAACCCAGUCGGUGACAAUGAAACAUUAGCACACCUGCUACAGGUGUAUCCUGUUGAUGGAUGCGCUUAUCCAGUAAGAAUUGAGUGCAGGGAAAGAUACACCAUGAAAACCCCAGAAUAUCUGCGAGACCGUGUGGGUGUGACCAUCGCACACCUCUGCGACUUGAACGAGGGACUUCUGUGUCUCAACAGUGACAAUGCGGCGUCAGCGCCGUGCCCAGAUUUUGAAGUUCGGUUUAUUUGUGCUGGAAAGAGAAGUAAGAUUAUUACACCCUUUUUAUUCAAGGCUUGAUUGACUGGACCGUAAA